CCAACUACAUCUUCUUUCAUCUUCGUCCAUCUCAUCGACCUAUCACCAUGUCUGGAAUUUCUGGAGUUACCGUCCACCAGGAUUGUAUCACGAUGUAUCAGGAGUUGAAGUUGCGGAAGAAAUACAAGUACAUCAUCUACAAUCUAAACAAAGACAGAACGGAAAUUACUGUCGAGAAGACGUCUGACUCAGGGCAGUAUGACGAUUUCCUCCAAGAACUGCCUGAGGGCGAAUGUAGAUGGGCUGUCUUCGACUUUGAAUUUGAGAAGGACGGUGGUUCUAGGAACAAGCUUUGUUUCUUUGCGUGGGCUCCUGAUGAUGCAAAAAUCAAACAAAAGAUGGUGUUUGCGUCGUCCAAGGAUGCUUUGCGACGCGCUCUAGAGGGAAUUGCAGUAGAAAUUCAAGGAACCGAUCCUAGUGAAGUAUCUUACGAGAGCGUCCUGAACAAAGUCAGUACCGGCACUCGUUGAUGAGCUCUUUGAACAAACGGGUCUCAACCACCAUUUCUAAUUCCGAUGUAUCCCUGGCGUUUCCAUGGAAUUGUCGCAGAAGAAAUCCCAUAUUGAGAAUGUAGACUUUGAAUUAUCUCUUAACAUUUUUCGGAGGUCUUGGGUGCGGAGCGAUUUCGUCCGCAUCGAGGCUCUAAGCAGACUGGUUUUGGUUUGUCCCAAGAUGCGUGAUCUCAGUGCCG